AUGGCUGUCGCGACAAAUGGCGAUGCUCCUGCCUCGGCAGCCGCUGCGCUUGAUAAUAUCAAGCCGCCGCCUGGCAUCAUCAUCCCACCGCCGGGCGAAAUCCGCGAGGCCAUCGAGAAAACAGCGGGUUAUGUCAUGCGAGGCGGCGCCGGCCUCGAGCAGCGCAUCCGCGACAACCAUGGCAAGAAUCCAAAGUUUAGCUUUCUAAUGACGAGCUCGGAUCCCUAUAAUGCGUACUACGAAUGGCGCAAGCAAGAGAUCAAGUCGGGACGGGGCACCGCGCUGUCGGCAGGUCGUGUUGGCGAGGCUGCUGCUGCACCAACCUCGCCAAAGCCCGCGGGCCCGCCCAAGCCGCCUGAUUUCCAGUUCUCAGCCCGUAUGCCUCGAAUGAGCCAGAAAGACUUGGAGAUUGUGCGACUAACUGCCUUGUUCGUGGCAAAGAACGGGCGUCCCUUCAUGACACAGCUUGCCCAGCGUGAGGCAAGCAACCCCCAGUUUCAGUUCUUGAUACCCAACCACACCUUUCACAACUUUUUUCAGAGCAUGGUCGAUCAGUACUCGAUUCUUCUACGGGAGAGCGGAGUCAAUGGUGAGGGAACCAAGGUGCAGCAGGAGCGCGUCGACCAGCUUCGCCAAAACGUGGCCGAUAAGUACAAGGUUCUAGCGCGCGCAAAACAGAGGGCCGAAUACGCCAAAUGGCAGGAGGCCGAAAAAGCCAAGCAGGAAGAAGAGGAAGAGAAGAAGAAGAUAGAGUUUGCCCGUAUCGACUGGAACGAUUUUGUCGUGGUCGAGACAAUCGUCUUUACUGAGGCGGACGACCAGGCGAACCUACCACCUCCGACGACGCUCAACGAUCUCCAGUACGCUUCCCUGGAAGAGAGAAACAAGGUCUCCGUCAGCUCCACCCUACGUAUUGAGGAAGCGUUUCCCUUUGACGACACCAGCUACAACGCGUAUCCUCCGCAGACAUACGGCGCACAAGCACCGGCCGUGCAGCCGCCACCGGCGGCACAAGCCUAUCAGGGCGCCAACGGACCGGCCCCGCAAGCAUAUGGCGCUCCAAUGCCAGCUCCCGCCCCCACAAGGUCGGCCGAGGAGGAGUCAGAGGCAAAGAAGGCUCAGGAGAGAGAACAAGAGCGGCUCCGUAUGCAGCAAGCACAAGCUGAAGCCCGAGGCGGCCCUGCUCCAAUGAAGAUCAAGGAGAACUAUGUCCCGCGCGCGGCGCAACGAGCAGCUAGCAAGUUUGGCACCCAGACAGCCAUGUGUCCAAACUGCAAGCAGCAGAUUCCACUCAACGAAAUGGAGGAGCACAUGAAAAUUGAACUGCUCGAUCCUCGUUGGAAGGAACAGAAGGCCAAGGCAGACGCCAGGUUUGCCACCACCAACCUGUCUACGGUUGAUGUGGCCAACAACCUCAAGCGUCUGGCUAGCCAGCGGAGCGAUGUCUUUGACGGGGUUUCAGGCCAGCCUGUCUCGGAGGAGGAGCAGGCGCGGCGAAAAAAGGUUGCCAUGCACGCUUUCGAUGGCAAUCCCGAUGGGAAGAGCCAGGCACACAUCAACCACCUGCAAACCUUCAAUCUUGACGAGCAGAUUCGGGCUAUUCACCAGAAAUUUGCCGACAAGAAAUGA